UUCAAGAAUGCUAAUGCAGUCAUGGAAUAUGAAAAAAUAGCAGAAAUGGAUUUUGAGAAGCGAGAUUUUCGGAAGGUUGUUUUCUGCAUGGACCGUGCCCUAGAAUUUGCCCCUGCUUGCCAUCGCUUCAAAAUCCUCAAAGCAGAAUGUUUAGCAAUGCUGGGUCGAUAUCCAGAAGCACAGUCUGUAGCCAGUGACAUUUUACGAAUGGAUUCCACCAAUGCAGAUGCUCUGUAUGUACGGGGUCUUUGCCUUUAUUAUGAAGAUUGUAUUGAGAAGGCGGUUCAGUUUUUUGUACAGGCUCUCAGGAUGGCUCCUGACCAUGAGAAGGCUUGCAUUGCUUGCAGAAAUGCGAAAGCACUCAAAGCAAAGAAAGAAGAUGGAAAUAAAGCAUUUAAGGAAGGAAAUUACAAGCUAGCAUAUGAACUGUACACAGAAGCCCUCGGGAUAGACCCCAACAAUAUAAAAACAAAUGCUAAACUCUACUGUAAUCGGGGUACGGUUAAUUCCAAGCUUAGGAAACUAGAUGAUGCAAUAGAAGACUGCACACAUGCAGUGAAGCUCGAUGACACAUAUAUAAAAGCCUACUUGAGAAGAGCUCAGUGUUACAUGGACACAGAGCAGUAUGAAGAAGCAGUGCGGGACUAUGAAAAAGUGUAUCAGACGGAGAAAACAAAAGAACACAAACAGCUCCUAAAAAAUGCACAACUGGAACUGAAGAAGAGUAAGAGGAAAGAUUACUACAAGAUUCUGGGAGUGGACAAGAAUGCCUCUGAGGAUGAGAUCAAGAAAGCAUAUCGGAAACGGGCCUUGAUGCACCAUCCAGAUCGGCACAGUGGAGCCAGUGCCGAGGUUCAGAAAGAAGAGGAGAAGAAGUUCAAGGAAGUUGGAGAGGCCUUUACCAUCCUUUCUGAUCCCAAGAAAAAAACUCGUUAUGACAGUGGACAGGACCUGGAUGAAGAGGGCAUGAAUAUGGGUGAUUUUGAUGCAAACAAUAUCUUCAAGGCAUUCUUUGGAGGUCCUGGGGGCUUCAGCUUUGAAGCCUCUGGUCCAGGGAAUUUCUUCUUUCAGUUUGGCUAAUGAAGGGCAACCACCAGAACCCAGAAAAUGCAGACUCACUCAGUUCAACCUCGAAUGUGGACACAAUUCACCUCCUUCCUUCAUCAAGUCUCUGUGUACUUAGAGCAGUUUCGUUUUCUCAGUUGGAUGCCUGUGUCUGUGAGUGUGGUGAAGGAAAGGGAGCCAACGUGCAAGAUUGGGGAGGGGAGGGAGGUGGGGGGUGGACAGGGAGGCAGCUUGUGAAUUUUUGUUGUACUGUUUAACUUUAUUAAAAAAGGAAAAAAAAAAAAGAAUAAAAUAAAAUGUUUUGACCCUU